CACAGCAAACUACUUCACUACCAAUUCCAAACACCAUCCCAUUAUCCCAAAACAAUGGCUUCCAAGGCUGUUGCAAGCACUGCCCUUCUUCUCUCCCUUAAUCUUCUCUUCUUCUCUUUGGUGAGCUCAAGUCAUCAUCAUCAUGAUGUCCCUUGUCCACCACCACCAUCAUCACCAUCACCACCAGCUAAGGCCACUUGCCCAAGAGACACCCUAAAGCUAGGAGUCUGUGCUAACUUACUAAACGAUUUGCUGCAUCUGGUAGUGGGAACCCCACCAAAGAAACCAUGCUGCCCUCUCAUCCAAGGUCUUGCUGAUCUUGAAGCCGCCGUUUGCCUUUGCACUGCUCUUAAGGCCAAUGUUUUGGGCAUCAAUCUUAAUGUGCCUAUCUCCUUAAGCUUGCUCUUGAAUUACUGUGGAAAGGGUGUUCCCGCUGGAUUCCAAUGCGCCUAGUGCUGUUUCUAGUUUUUAUAUUAUUAUUAUUAUUAUUUCCUUAUUCAUUUACAUUGAUUUCAUGGCUUGUGUUUGAGUUUGAGUGCUUUAUUUAUUUGGGUUUUAGGUGACUUCUCAGCUGUCACCAUGCAUAAAUACAUUAAUUCUUCGACUUUCUUUGUCAGGAACAAGAUUAAUGCGUACCAUUGAAUGUAACAGAAUGCCUGUACCCUUAAUUUCUGAAUUAUGCUUUGAUGGGGUUGUUUAUUAGUUC